CCGAACCGCUGCAGAAUUAUUUUGGGUGAAGCAUCUGCCAUUCUCGGAAACCCAAGGAUUUAUGCUCCGACCAAGGCCAUCCAGAGUGGGACCCAUCGUGGAUUCUGAAGGAUGGCACGGACCUGAAAGCAAAGUAUGGCUUCAAAGUCGAGGACGAUAAUAUUUUUCUGCAUGUAUCUGUCCUUCUCGACGCAACUCUGAUAAAGGAUGGUGUCAAGGUCGUCCUUCGAAUUGUACCGGCAGGCUCACAGAAACUUGCCAUGAUGAAGCACUUAUCAUCUGCCGACAUGGUUCGUGGCCCGCGAAACCGCACUAUUCCUAUCCUUGGAAUAAUACCUAUUCCAGGUGAAGAGAAACAACGAGUUUUUGUAGUCUUGCCUAUGCUACGUGCCUUCAACUCCCCCCCAUUUCACUGUCGACGUGAGUUCGCCGAUGCAUUUCAACAGAUCUUGGAGGGAAUACAUUUUAUGCACGAACAUAAUAUCGUGCACGGAGAUGCAUGCACAAGCAAUUUCAUGAUGGACGCCACCGGUGUAUGUCCAAGGAGUUUUCAUAUCCCAUACCCGCAUAGCUACAAUGGCGUCUACCACGUCCUUCAUGAGCGACCUCGCUGCCUCGUGGCUCCGGUGUCUUACUAUAUCAUCGAUUUUGAAACAACCCGGCACUUCCCUGCCGGGAGAAACGACGCGCGCGCUACGGCCAUGAAGUGCCAGAUCAAGAAUUCUCCGGAGUUUCUCUGCUCCCCUCCUCUGCACAACCCUUUCUGUCUGGAUGUAUACAACGUUGGUGCUACAUUCUUCUGAAUUUGUGAGAGAUAUCACGGUCUAGAUGAUUUCAAGCCGUUCUUUCUGACCAUGAUGGCGGAAGAUCCGUUA